UUUGCGAGCUCGGAGACAAGGCGUGAAUUUCGGAGGGUCCAAUUCUACAUCCAUUGUACCCAUGUACGCAUUUCUUUACUUAGAUUUGUAGUUAGGUAUCUACCUAUUUUUGUCAUCAAUGGAUUCAUUGUUAGCCCGGUCUCAAAGAGAAGAAUAAUAAGCCUCACCGACUAAAAAUGGAUUUAUGAUCUACAUUUUUGCUUUUUUUGAUUUUGAUCUUCUUCUCUUUUCAGCUUCUUCUGCAGGCACAGGCACUAUACUCGUGUUUUCCCGCUAACGCCGAAAAGCGAAUUGACGUCGGAGAUCAGAACUUUAUAUUCUGGUUGCGCUCAGUUUGGGAGCUGACGUUACUUGGAAGGGCGACGACAGAGUCCCAAAGAACAACCGCUCGGUGGUUGGUUGAGCAGGCCGCUCGGAACGACGCCAUGGCGACUACUGCUGGGGCUUUCAUAGCGGGCGGUAUCGCCGCCUGUGGUGCCGUCACGGCCACGCAUCCCUUCGAGACGGUUAAGAUUCGAAUGCAGCUCCAAGGCGAGCUCCAGACCAAGGGCCACCAGCCGCACCACUACCGCGGGCCCUUCCACGGCGUCGGCGUUAUCGUGCGGAACGAGGGCAUACGCGGCAUAUACCGCGGCAUUGGCUGCGCUUACGUUUACCAAGUUCUCCUAAACGGGUGCCGAUUGGGUUUCUACGAUCCCAUGCGGAUCCGGCUGGCCUCGCUAUUGUUGCGCGACGGCGCAGCGCAGAACCUAGGGAUUAAUAUGUUCUGCGGCGCCGCCUCGGGCAUCAUCGGCGCGGCCGCCGGCAGUCCAUUUUUCCUCGUCAAGACGCGGCUCCAGAGCUACUCGCCCUUCCUACCCGUCGGCACCCAGCACAACUACCGCAACGCCAUCGACGGCCUCAGCCAGAUAUACCGCGCCGAGGGCUUCGGCGGCUUGUACCGCGGCGUCGGCGCCGCUAUGAUCCGCACGGGUUUCGGCAGCUCCGUCCAGCUGCCUACGUAUUUCUUCGCCAAGAGGCGGCUCGUCAGACACCUGGGCAUGGAGGAGGGCGCGCCGCUGCACCUGGCCAGCAGUACGGUGUCCGGGUUUGUCGUGUGCUGCUUUAUGCACCCACCUGAUACGAUUAUGUCGCGACUGUACAACCAAAACGGCAACCUGUACAAGGGCGUAUUCGACUGCCUAGGCAAGACGAUCCGCACCGAGGGCUUCUUCGCUAUAUAUAAGGGCUUCCUGCCACACUUGACACGCAUCCUACCUCAUACUAUAUUAACAUUGUCGCUAGCCGAGCAGACGAAUAAGCUGAUACGCAAACUUGAGAUCAAGAUAUUGCCUGCUCCGACGUUAGGAAAGGCCUGAACGGGGUCUAAGGCUAGACGACGUAACGUGACCGGGGACGACAGGGGAAAGGAAGUCGAGUAAGGGGGCAAAGCCAGCUUGAACAUGGUGUCGGUUAGGGAAGACAUUGUCUAAAUAGAGCGGAGAUAUCCGGUAUAUGGUAUUUAUGUAUUCACGGUAUUCAGGUACCACCGCGUUUCAUCAUAGAGAGAUGGGGGUAGGUGGGUUAGUUAUACUUGUGGCCUAUAUUCAGGCGCCAUCUUUUCUCUCUCCGGGUAGGGUCGGCGAGUUAGAUAUGGGAUAGCGCUGUAGCUGGGACAAGCAUGUCCGUUAGAUUUACUUACUACAUGUUCAUUAGAUUUGCUACUAGUAUUUUUUUCACGAGAACCGGAGUGUUUAGAAGAUAGA